UCUGAAUGUGCAAUCAGAGUUAGAAAUCAAAAUUUCAACAGGUCAUAUAAAGUUUACAAAUGUUUCUAUAACUAAUAAUAUGAACACAGAUAUUAAUGAAUCUGAAACAGACAUUCAAAAUGAGCCUGAAACAGACAUCUCAAGUGAUAGCAAGCAAAGUAAAAACAAUAAAACAAUAACUGUUGAUAAUAUAAAUGGUUUGUUGUGA